UUUUACCCAAAGGUAAAAAUACGUACAUAUAUUUGCGCGUCUGACACACACUUGCAUCAAUACUUUAUACUACGAAAUACUAAAUAUAUAUACACAUAUAUACUUGCAUACCGCACGUAAUUUAUAGUUUAUAGCUAUAGCUAUCUGUAGUAUCUAGUACUAUUCGCUGGCGAUUGGUGUUUCUGUUAGUUUGCUGUGACACUUUGAUGAUAAGAUUGAUAAGUUUUAAAGUUUCUCUGGGUUUAUAAAUAAUAAAACAUAAUAAUAAACCCCUUUUAGUGGUUUGUAGUGAUGAAGAUGACAUGUUACGAGGUUACUGGGUAUUUUAAACGGACUAAGAAAAUAAAUAGUGACAGGGGAUAGCGACCGGCGCGAAAAUGGCCAAUUGGACGAUGUGGGGUAGAAGUCUUAGGUCCAGCAGACCUUCUCGCAGUCGUCAUGAUCAAGAAGUCAUCAUUGAGUUCGAUCCGUCAAAAGAGCUGGGUGAAAAUGUAAAGGAGGUUUUAACGAAUCUUUGUGUACAAGGAGUAUCAGUUGCUGUAAAGUUGGGUUAUUUAAAUGCAUUUGUAAGGCUUGUUGACGAAAAUGACUCCGGUGAUUUUGGAUACAGUACUGAAGACAUUUUCCGGUGUUUACAAGUGGGACUCUAUCAUGAAGCAACACAAGUACGUGCUGCAACUUUACGAGCAAUUAGACAUUUAUUGAAAACAGAACAGCACGUAUUAGCAAUAACCAAACUACAAUAUCCAGUAUUUAUAGCGCGUUGUAUGGAUAUUAAUUUAAAGAAUGAAAUUGAGAGAAUGCAGGCACUGCGUGUUGUCAGAAAAAUGAUGAUGUUGGCACCUCAGCACCUGACUUGUGUCUUGGGAAGAUGUCUCGUAAGUCUAACCAACGGAGGAUUCGAAGAAAAAGAUCGUCUGUUCCACGUAUUUUUAGCAGUACUAUGUGAAUUAGGAGUAUUAAAUUUAAAUUUAUUUAUAAGUUGCGGUGGUGUUGGUGCUAUAACGAGAGCUGUUAUGACUGAUCUCAGUCCAACAAUGAUUGAAUGCAUUGUUGGUAUUCUUCUGUGUUUAUUAUCACAUCCGGAAACACGACAUACCGUGUCGUUGAUGACUCUCGCAGCGCCUUACAGCGAACUACACUCGCUGGCUAAAGAAAAACCGCGGGAUAAACGUGAAACGAGAUUUACAGCAAGCAAACAUGCGUUGCUGAGUGUACUGCGUUCGUACGCUGGAAUUUUGCAUUUUUGUAACCCAAACGACAGCGCGGGACUGAAGGCUAUCGUUGAUAUUAUGCACGUUGAGCAGCUGGAGGUGCGUGGCGCAGUGCUGGAAUUAUUUUACGAUCUUCUGGGUCUUCCUUUGCCAAUAUGGACUGACGAACCGGACGUCGCCUUGGCUGCAGUCGAUCCAUGCAGAUAUCGGGAGAGCUGGAAACUAUCUGAGGGUUUUAUUGCCGCUGAAGGAGGAGUAGUACUGCCGUCUCUUGCUUUGCACUGUCCAAAUAUUGCAGAGUUACAUUUAUCGCUGCUUAUAUACAUUUUGCUGGAAUUCCGGUUGCCUUGCGCGCUUGUCGAGACGAUCGUCACCUCAGACACAUUUAUAUCUGUAAGAGCUGGCGUAUUACUUGGUGGUUUACUUCAUCUUUCACAUUCACUUCUUCCUACUGAUAUUUGCAAUUUAACUCCACCACUUCCCAGUUUAUUGGAGCAUGCGAGUCGUGGAAAUCAUCAAGCACUGAGAGCGGUUGCUAUUUUAAACAGAAUGCAUGUCAUGAUGCGCAAGAAACCGGUGCCUUCGAGUUUAUUUUUGGAGCGAUUUCGUCAACCUGGCACAUGGUUACAGUCAUCAGUUCCAAUCCGUAACCAAAUGGUGUCCAGCAAAACGAACUGGUUGAAACGGUCAUCGUCAACAACGCCACUGCUCAAGGAUUCACAUGUUCUGAGUAAUAAAGACCUCCAUGGAUGGAAUUGGUCUGUUAUCUGUACAAUAUUACGGUCACGAGAAGACUCAAUUCACGUACCGCAUGAUUCAGACCAUAAAUUAUUUAUUAAACGUCUUGUUCAUUAUUUUUUACCCUCGUCAAAUGGGUUCAGCAGAGUUGAACUACAGGGGAAUGCAUUAUUAGCACGUAAUACAACACUCGCUGGUUGUGAUUUAGUUAAUUGUUUAUUGGAAAUGCAAGAGUUGGAAGGCACUAGAUUAUUAAAUGAACUUAUUGAUGAUAUUGCUAAACAAAUAAGUGCAAUAAGUACUUCAACAAGUGCUCACGAUUGUAUUUUUUCUCCUCGUCAUAUGAUGACAACGUGCUGUCAAAAGUAUUUUUUAUUUCUCGGUCAACUGAGUCAUUCAGCAAAGGGUACUGUUAUUCUUAAAAGUUUUAAUCUAUUGGAGAAGCUUGAAACUUUGGCAAUAACGACAAAUCACGAUUGCUAUGUAAAACUUAUUAUAUCAACUCUUGAUUACUCAAGAGAAGGAUUAAAUCGUAAAGUUCUGAGUAAAAUCAUAUCAACAGCUACACUUGAACAAACAAGACUCUAUGCCACACAAUUUUUACGUCUUAUACUCAGGGCUAAAAUGACUGAUGCAUCCCAGUGGGCCUUGUCGCUACUGAUCGAUAGACUUCUUGACGAGAGUAAAGUUAUUGCGCUGGCAGCACUAGACACAAUGAACGAAAUAUGCGAGGAUCCAGAAUACUUGGAGGCUUUAUUUCAGCUGACCCACCAGAAUCGCGUUUGGGAAAAGUGGCUCGAGCAUCUGGGAGUCCGCGGCUACUUGCUCUUCAUUCGUCUCUACGCACUGCCGGCAAGUUUCACAAAACUCCCGUCUCAUGUCGAGGAGCUCGAGAAGUGGACCAAGUCCGGGGGUUUUGCCGAGCGCUAUGUCCAGCUUGUUGACGGGGAAAUUCACGAUUCACUUACUCGUCGUCAUCGUGAUGAAAAUGGUAACUACCCACGAAGAUCAACCAAUGUAAUUAUAAUGCCACAUGACAUACGCAUCCCUCCGCACUUGAUUGGCCAGUUGGUGCAGCAUGAGUCGGGUGUCCAGUUGAUAAUAAGAAGGAAUGUCCUGCAACGUUUCGCCAGAGUUAUUCAGAGGUUCCGCACAGAUCUGGGUACUUUUGACAGCAGUGAUGUGAAUUCCAAGGGAACUAAAAGUACCGGGCGUCCUCUUAUCGACGACAGUUACUUAAUGUCCGAAGAAUCGGGUACCGAGGACGUCGUUGAGUCGGCAAAUCGUCUUGAGACGAUUAUUGAUUCAGAAGUUAUGGAAACUAAUGAAUGCCGCACGCCGCGUAAGACAGAUUCGUUGAUCGAAAUACGUAGAAAAUUGAGUAUGGAUGACUCCCAACGUACAACACCCGAAAGAAGUUAUUACCGCGAAGACACAGAUCAGUAUAAAAGCUUUGACGACAGAAUAUUGAAAGUUAAAUCAGCUCUUUGGGCACUAGGUCACGCGAGUACCUCGGUGGCUGGUAUUGAGCAGCUUCAAAAUCUUGGUAUAAUUGAAAUGAUAACGUCGAUGGCUGAAUCAUGUAAUCAUUAUUCAGUACGUGCUACCGCAUUUUAUGUCUUAAGUCUUAUAAGUACGACGCGUAUUGGCGCAGAUGCACUUACUGCGCUUCACUGGCCUUGUGUCAGAUACCGGAGGGGCGACUGCUGGCCUGUUAUACCUCAAAGUGUUCCGCUUGCGAACUCAAGCCCUGUACCAAUACAAAAACAUCAUCGUAGUCUGAGUGAUGGGAAACCCGAACUCCCAGAUCUCACCAUUCGCAGAACGCGCAAUCGUUCAGAAAGUGCAGCUACUGAUAUUGAGAGCAAACGUUAUGCUUAUCCUGGCGAUUACAGAGAGAGAGGAGAGACACCUAGUCCAGUUUCAAGUAUACAAAGACUGAGCCAGCAGGAUGCUGAAGGAUACGCGAAGCUUAGAAGUCUGCAGAGACACCGAAGGCCCAGUUAUUCUCAAAGUAGUCUAGAGAUGUACAGCUCAGACGGGAGACUGUCGUUGCAAAGUCUCUCGGAAUGCGAAACAUCCCGCAGUUGGACGACGGACAAUAUGGCCAAUACUACCCCGCCUCCACCGCCACCUCCACCCCCACCCCCACCGCGGGAAGAAGAUCUCAGCGAUGGACCCUACAUGGGCAUAAGUCUUCCGAAAAAAUUAUCAACAAUAUUUCCUUAUAUGUCUCGUUGGCAUUCGUCAAAUGUACCUGAUGACGCUAGUAAUAAAACAACCACUAAUUUUAGUAAUUCGGUUGAAGAAAACAGCACUGAGUAUGACAUCGAUCAAGAGCACCGUGAAAUAUGUCUAGCAUGUUACAAUAACAAUGCUGGUAGUCGGACACCUCCCACUGACGCUGACGUUAGAAUACAAAAAGAUAUAUUGAGACAUUCUCAGCGUCUUUCAAAUCCUGUUUGGCAUCGCAACAGUCGUCAGGCUUUGCUAAGAUUAAGACAACGUUAUCCAGAUAAAUUUAAAGACACUUGUCUCUUUUUUGAAAUGACUGCGCGUUUAAGCAGCGGAACAUAUAGAUUGCAAGCACGUAGAUUUCUUCAAGAAUUAUUUCUCGAUGCACCUUUUGAUAUAUUGUACAAAGAGCCGAAGGAAAUAUUAAAAAUACCGACUGGAACGGAAGAGAAUCCAGUGCAGAACCCAGUAGUUGAAUUGACGACAGAUAAAUUUACACUGAGUGCUAGUCCGUUAAAGAGAAAAGUUAAUGGUAGAUUAACGAUACCGGAAGCUGAGUCAGAAACCUCGGCUGCCACGAGUUCUGAAUUAACCAGUGAAAUAAAGUCAGUAGAUGUAUCUUUUAAAUCACCAGAGCCGACGGCAGACGAGUCUGAAAAACUUAGCGACGAAAAAAUAAUUGCUGAGAUACUCAAGCCAGCAGAAAGACUAAGAACCUCUAAAAGUUCUGAUAGAAUAUUAAAAGUAACGAGUAAAAACACGGCCGUAAGCCUUGAUUAGACCUCGACUACUUAUUAAUUGUUGAAUUGUACAUAUUUUAUAUUUGAAUAAUUAUAUAGGUGUAUAAAAUAAUAAUAAAAAACAAACUUGUCACUGCCAAAUAAAUUUAUCUUCUAUUAUUUGUAAGCUAUAAAUUAUUAUUAUUAUUUAAAUAAAUUUAAUAGUUAUUAGUGUACUCGCUAAUGCAAUUGCGCAUAUAUUAUUUUUAUAUUAAUUUAAGAUUAUAAAUUAUAAGUAAUUGAUUAUUUUUUGCGCAUGAAUUAUCAUCGGAUUUUUUUUUUUAAUGAUUCUUAAGAAACAAAGUAUUAAUUAUAAUUGUAAUUAUGUUGUUUAACAUAUUGGAUUAUUUAUAUCGUUAUGAGCGUGAUAAAAAUAAAAUGUUUACUAUUAAAUUGAGAAAAAGUGUUGUAUUAAU